UCCCCUCCAAUCCUUGCCGCCCCAGGUUGCUCUGCCUGGCUCAGUCUGGGUAAAAUUUGGGCCGCUCUCUGGAAUUUUGUUUUCCUACUGUCACUCGAACAUUUUCUCGGACGCUGAGAUCGUUUUGUAUUCAGGGAAAUUUGCGAAUUGGAACUGGAGUCGUACUUAAGAGAAAAUGGAUUAGGCCUACCGGUACAGCAACAGGAAACGUAGGAAGGUGACUUCCGGUAAACUGUUGUCGCUCGAAGGGAAGAACCCCGACGGACAGGAAGGGGCGAGGAAAAAUAAGAAGUAAACUCACGCCGGGGAGGACUAUAGGACGAGACGGGACUCACAUCAGGGAAAGCUGGCGUCUUCCUUUCCUUUCUCCCCCUCCCACCCACCCAUAAGCAGGCAACAAGGCAGCCCAUGACGAGAUAAACACCCAUCAAUGCGUCAGGCUUAGGGGGAGGCCCGGAAUACGAGUGAAAUUCUUGUGGGCCAAGAUCGUUUUAAAGGUCGUUGGGAUGGACGAGAUCGCAAGCUGUUGCUGAGGUUUUGCCGUAGUUGACAUCCACUCCACCGAGGCCGCCUUCGCUGCGUGGGCUAUUUUAAGGGCAGGUUGCCAGAGGGAGAUAAAUAAAUGUGUGGGUCGACACCUCUUCCGAUUUCCACCUGAAAUCGGCGCUAUCUGCUAUUCAUAGUCUAUGAAUUUCGGAUCGCGUCAACCCGGUGUGUUGGAAAUUCGUAACACAACAGACUGAACUGAGCUUGUUGCAUUGUGGGUCUCUUGGACGCAGAUAAGGCGAAGUGGUCUUGACGACCUCAGCGCUGAAACAAAAACAAAAAAUUGAGCGGCGCAGGAGUAAUCGGGAACUGAUGUGUUAGAGACUUUUUUGUUAGUUUGGGCUGGAGCCUUGCCUAACCCAUUCUCUGCCAUCAUGGCCAAGCUUUAUGACUUCCAGUGGCAGAUUACUGUACCGGACGGUCUGCUGCACGGAGCAACAUUUGAACGCUAUGAUGAGGAUUCUGGCAGUGUUGAGCAGAACUGCUUCUUUCGAGUGGAUGAAUACGCAUUUUUCAUCAUUUGGAAGAGCGAAGGAAGGGAAGGCCAAGGGUUGGAGCUUUCUCAAAUCAAUGACGUCCGCAAAGGCAUUGCACCCAAGGUAAGUGAACUAAUUGAAAUGACCAUUGUUUUACGUUGGUGAAAUUAAUUCCAGAAAUGCCGAGGAAAUGCAGAUUAGAAUGUGUCCCUCGGGGAACGAGCAAAACAUCCAUAGGGUAAGGAAUGUGGGCGAUUGUAAAGUAACGGGCCCUGUUGCUAUAAGAGAACAGAAAUCCACUUUUAAUUUAUUGGACUCACAAAACUAGUUAGCCACAUUUACAUGUAUAACCAACAGGAGUUUUGUAGAUAGAGGGCAGGGUUUGGAUUUUUUUGAGCUAAAGUUUGGGGGUAAAACGACGGUGAAGACGACAACACGAAAAUAAAGAUGGCGAUUACUGUGACGCACUCUGAAUACAUGUACACAAAAUCACGCUGAGAACAUAUAAAACAUCUAAAGGAAUGUCGUGAUCGAAACAUACCGUACGUGUAUAAUCGUUGGUUUGCAAUUGAAAGCGCAGUAUUAAGAGAGCGGUUCAAGCUGUUGCCAGAUUCAUCCUUGCUUGAACUUGGCUGUGCAUGUCUCAUGAACCUUGCUCUUUGUGUACAGAGUUUGUUUUUUCCUUCUUUUCAUCUUACUCUUAAGUGAUGCAUCUUUCCAAAGAAAGACCUUGGCCUUUAGGUACCGGGUAUGUUCACCAGAUGAUUUCAUUAGUGUGCUCGGAAUAGACUUUUCAUCGGAAAAUUUGAUCAUCUUACGUAAACUCGGUGUAAAAUGCAGCUUUCUCUCGGUGCACAACUCUUGUGUAAAUUACAUGUAAUUGUGCAUCUUGAGAUAACAUAGACAUUUUACAGUGCUUUUAAUAAAGACCAUAUACAUGUGAGACCAAAUUUAACAAAAGCUUUAUAUUUUAGAUUGCACUUAAGGAGUUGGGGCUAGUGGGUCUUUGGGGUAGAAGCUGUUGUGUACAAAGUCUAUGGA